AUGGCUGACUACAAAUUGAAUCAAAGAUCGAAAGACGAAAUCAGAGCUUUCAUUCAAGGGUUCAAAGCCAUAGUAUCUGAUGACUGGCUCAAACUCUUUUCGCCUCUAGAAUUACAAAGAGUCCUGUCUGGUGAAAAAACAGAUAUUGAUUUAGAAGACCUCCGAAAGCACACUAUAUAUGAGAACGGAUAUUUUGAGAGGCAUCCUGUUAUCAGAUCGUUUUGGCAGAUCUUAUCCGAAUUUUCUGCUGCUGAAAAGAGGUCGUUCCUUAAAUUCACAACAGGUUGUCCAAACCCACCAUUAGGAGGAUUUGAGUAUCUGCAGCCUCCUUUCACAAUUCGUAUGGUAUCUCCUGACGCUGUAGCCACAAAAAAUGACGGUACAAAUGUGCUGAAAUCUUUGUUUAAGCUGAACUCGAACAAACUCGGAAGGCUACCUUCGAGUUCAACCUGCUUUAAUCUGCUAAAGCUUCCGGCAUAUACCAAGAAGUCACUUUUGAAAGAAAAAAUAAGUUACGGUAAAUUUCACAAUGUUAUCGAAACAACGCACUGUUUAGUUUAUUAA